UGUCUCUAAGAUAAUAAAGUAAUAUAAAAUUAGUAAAAAAAAACCAAAUUGCGUCCAAAAAAUAUUGGUGGUUUUACUCAAUUUUCUUAUUUUUGUCUUUUUGUUGCGAAUCGGCUUCCAAAAUAGCUUCACGAAUCAUCCCAGUAGUUGAAGAUUCGCCAUGAGCAUAUUCUUCAUCGGUGUUAUACAUAAUCGAAUCUUCGUUAUCACCGUAAACUGGCAUAUUACCCACAAUCGAAUCUUCAUUAUCGCCGUAAACUGGUGUUUUACUACCUUCAAUUUCUGUGUCAUAAACUUGGUCAAUUUGUUCUAUGUAAGACCAUUCAGGAGCAUUCGGAGGAUGGGGGUGGUCGUAAGAUUGCAAUUCGUCAUCAUAAUUGCGUUCUCUUGUCAAACGAGCGAUUUGUAUUGUGAAUGAAUGAGGAUCAAGGAUAUCUCGAAGUAGC